GCGUUUUCUUGCAUCCAGUGUGCGCAUGUCACACAUGAUGCAAGUAAUGUCUAUGGUUCACUUUACGAAGUGAUUCCGAUUAGCUGACGGGAGUUUAUUUUGGAAUUGGUGCUGCUCAUGCAAGCGGCGGGGAAAUCCGGAUCCUAACCCGGAGAGAGCUUUUGCCCGCUCUUCCGAAAGGAAAACCCUCUCCUCGCAUCUCGCGGCUCUCUCUCCGAGGCGGAGCAAUAGCGCAACUUGCAGCCAACCACCCGGCGCACCGAGAAGCAGCAGCAGCAGCAGGAGACUCGGAAGCAGCUUCAAGCGAAGAUGGCGGCGGCGCCCCGCCGAGUGGCGAAGGAGCUGAAUAGAAUUAAAACGUCCGGGUUCCGCUGCCUUCGGGAUGUUGAAGUAGAUGUGAACAAUGUCCUGCUGUGGAAGGGACUUCUAGUGCCGGAUGACCCCCCGUACAACAAAGGCGCCUUCCGGAUUGAGAUCAGCUUUCCAAGCGAGUACCCCCUCAAGCCUCCCAAGGUCACUUUCAAGACUCCGAUCUACCACCCCAACGUGGAUGAGAAGGGCCAGGUGUGCUUGCCGAUUGUCAGCAACGAAAACUGGAGACCUUCCACCAAGGCAGACCAAGUGAUUGCGGAACUGAUAGUGCUGGUGAAUAAACCUGACCCAGACCACCCAUUGCGCGCUGACUUGGCUGACGAGUUUAUCCAGGACCAUGAGCGCUUUUUGUCCAAAGCUGAAGAGCAGACCAGCAAAUUCAGUGAGAAGCGGCCAUGCGAGUGACCUGCUGCCCUCCUGAACCACUGCCUGCCUCGCUGGCUGGCUGGCUGGGGAACCUUCCACAUAGGCACAGUCCCAGUGGGAUGAAAUGCAAGUGGGACCACGGAAGCUGUCCCCACCAUUGCAUUCUCAAUAAAGGAAUGUACACGGUGGGAUCCUGCAUUGCUCUGGCUCAUGACACUAAUUCUGCAUCUGAGGGGGAGGAGACUUCAGCCUUGGGGAGGAGAGACUUUGGUUUGGACUCUGCUCUUAGAAGUGGAAUGUUGUGCUUUCGCCUUGCAUUCGCUGGGGUUUGGACGACCUUUCUUGCUUUCUUACAGUUUUGCUUUUCACUUUAACACCGCCCCCUGCUCUAAACAUUCCUGGGGAGAGACACAAAUGACCUUCUUUAGUUUGUCCAAGGCAGCUUUCUCAUAGAACACUUUGUCACCCAUUUUUUACAGGACAUGUACAUGCCAUUUGUAAUCAAAACGUCCUCCCAUGUUUUCCCUGUUCAUCUUCCUUCCCUGCCUCCUUCUCCAAGCUAAAAAAAAAAACAAUGGAGCAGCUCUACAAUUUGCAGGCUGGUGAUGGGCUGUACAGUCUGUGCUGUAACCACUUCCUUCUUGAUGGUUUGGAUCUCAAAAAUCAACUUGGCAUUUUAAUUCUUCCCUUUCCAAAUAGAACUGCCUUGCAGGUAUUUCUUGUCUCUCUCUGACCCCAAAUUGGAGGGAGGGGAGAAAACAUCAUAAUCAUGAGUUCAGUGAGGAAAGGGAAUGAAAAUCUCCCCCCGCCUGCAACAUUUGGGGUUGAGGAAAGGUGGGGGGGACUGCCUCUGUUUCCAGAUUUCUAACACUCUCUGAGCAGCUACUCCACUUCCACCUUAAAACACAGCAGUGAGGACUGAGUGCUGCUAAUGGUCCAUGUCUGGAACUGGAAGGAGAGAUGGCCACUGGCCACUGGGACUCUUGGGACAGAAGGCAGAGGGAGCAGUAAGUGGAGCCAGAGCCUUUGAUAGGCAAAGGCAGCUCAUUUUAGUUUUGACUACAUCCUCCUUCCUGCUGAGUCCUACAAGGGCAACAUUGAGUCUAAGAAGGGGGAAGCUGGCUGCUAGGAGCACUCCCUGGACUGGUUGUAAGAAGGUAGGCAGGUGGGAGACUGGUUGAGGGCAGACUGAAGUUGGUGGGGCAAUGCCCCAUUCUCCCUAAUGGGCAACACUCCACUGCCUAGAAGCACCCUAACUUAGCUUGGAGGUUUUGAAAUACAGUAGGUAAGUAAUGAUGUGAUAAGUGAGCUGGAAGGCUCUUCCGAGUAGAGCAGGGCAGACAUGUGGAGCUGGCAAACAAUUGGCCUAUGUUGCCAAAAAUCUGAAGUCAGAUUUUAUUUUAUUUUUAAAUCACUUAUACUGUUCUGUUCUGAGCAGAACAUAUUUAGAGGCAAGUUCUUGCUUCAGUGGAAUCUUACACCCUAGGAAAUGGGAAUGCCUUGCACAAAUAUAUGUGAGUAAAUGCAUUUUCUAAUAAAAAAUGUUCUUCCUC